CCAACAGAUACAACAACAUUACCUCCUCCAGUUACUGUUCGAAAGCACAAAACAACAACAUUAUUACAUCUCCACUCCCCUCUCCCCAAGACCACAACAUCUCCCAUCUCCGCCGCACAACUCCCUCCACCACCCAUGGACCACCGCACCACCCUCUCCGACACCGUCUUCGAGUGCGUCAUCCCUUACAUAACCGAUCCCAAAGACCGCGAAUCCAUCUCCCUCGUCUGUCGCAAAUGGUACGACCUCGACGCGCUCACGCGAAAGCACGUCACCAUCGCCUUCUGUUACACCUCCACCCCUGCUCAGCUGCUGCGCAGAUUCCGUCACAUAGAGUCUAUAAAGCUCAAGGGGAAGCCGCGGGCGGCUAUGUUCAAUUUGAUUCCCGAGGAUUGGGGUGGCUAUGUCACGCCUUGGGUUGUUGAGUUCUCUCGGAGCUUUGUGGCGUUGAAUUCUCUUCAUUUUAGACGGAUGAUUGUGCGAGAUGAGGAUCUUGAGCUGAUUGCGAAGUCGCGUGCUCGCACGCUCCAGGUGCUGCGACUGGACAAGUGCUCCGGCUUUUCUACUCUUGGCUUGCUGCAUAUUACUAGCUCUUGCAGAAAUUUAAGAACCUUGUAUCUGGAAGAGAGUACAAUCAUUGAAAAUGGCGGGGAAUGGCUACAUCAGCUUGCUUUGCACAACAAAGUUCUUGAAACACUGAAUUUCUAUAUGACUGAGCUAGCUGAAGUCAGCCACCACGACCUAGAACUUUUAGCCAAGAACUGUAGCUCUCUUGUCUCAGUCAAGAUUAGUGAUUGUGAAAUUUUAAAUCUUGCUGGUUUUUUUGAGGCUGCUUCUGCACUAGAAGAAUUUGGUGGUGGUUCCUUCAAUGAUCAACCAGAGAUGUAUAAAUACAUGCCAAUUCCCCCAAAAAUUUGUAUGCUGGGCCUAACUUACUUAGGGAAGCAUGAAUUGCCCCAUGUAUUUCCUUUUGCAUCUCGAAUAAAGAAAGUGGAUCUUCUCUAUGCUUUUCUUGACACUGAGGACCAUUGUCUAUUAAUUCAAAGGUGUCCUAACUUGGAAUUUCUUGAGACCAGGAAUGUUAUUGGUGAUAGAGGAUUGGGAGUCCUUGCAAAUUUUUGCAAGAAAUUGAGGCGGCUUAGGAUUGAGCGAGGUGCUGAUGAACAAGAGAUGGAAGACGUUGAAGGCAUUGUGUCUCAUACAGGAUUAAUAUCUUUGGCAGAAGGAUGUCCCGAAUUGGAAUACCUGGCUGUGUAUGUUACUGAUAUUACAAAUGGAUCUUUAGAAUGCAUGGGCAGACACUUGAAAAAUCUUUGCGAUUUCCGAUUAGUGUUGCUUGAGCAACAAGAAAACAUAGCAGAUUUGCCGCUUGACAAUGGAGUUCGGGCUCUAUUACGAGGUUGCCAUAAGCUUAAAAGGUUUGCUUUAUAUCUUCGGCCUGGGGGAUUGACAGAUAGGGGUCUUGGUUUUGUAGGGCAAUACAGCCAAAAUGUGAGAUGGAUGCUUCUAGGUUAUGUAGGGGAAUCGGAUGCUGGAAUUUUGGCAUUAUCUAAAGGCUGCCCUAACUUGCAGAGGCUAGAAAUGAGGGGAUGUUGCUUCAGUGAAAGUGCAUUGGCUACUGCUGUGUUGCAGCUAGCUUCAUUGAGGUACUUAUGGGUGCAAGGAUAUAGAAGGUCCCAAACAGAUAGUGGUCUUUUGGCCAUGGCUCGCCCCUUCUGGAAUAUUGAAUUGAUACCUGCCAGACGUGACAUUCAUGCUGAUGCCUAUGGAGAGGCUGUAGAAACUGAACAACCGUCACAUAUACUUGCAUAUUACUCCUUGGCCGGACAAAGAACAGAUUUUCCAGAUUCAGUCAUCCCUUUAAAUCCAAUUUCUUCAAUCUGUUCAUAGAUCUGUAUAUAUCCUUUUCCAUAUGUUGGGUUACCUGUUUAACUGCCUCGUUUGCAUCCUGUUUAUAGGUUUGUGUAUCUUUCUAUUUAAUAAGAGAAUUUUCUGCUCUUUUCCAUGUUUGGAGUUAUGGUUCGACAUCAGAUUGAUUUCGGCAUGUAAGUUUGACUGAAUUGAUUAUUUAGGGUCCAUUGUACUCUCUCAUGUUGUAAUAGUUUUCAGUUUUGAUUUGCCA